CCCGGCAUGCUGUGCGGCGCGGGCAGCCAUGGAGCCGGCUCGGGGGCGCCCCGGCGGGGGGCCCGGCGGAUCCGCCGGCAUCCUGGCCCCGGGCAGGGGCAUCGGCUCGGGCGGGGGCGGGGCUGGCAGCGGGGAGCCGGGGGACUGCCUCUCUGACGUGUUCCCCUGGGAUCCCCGCUCGCGCCGGGACCCAGCGAUCUCCAGGUCAUCGAGCCGAGGGGUCAGCCUGAGACACCCGCCGUCACCAGGGACCUCGACAGCAGGAUCACUGAGGUCUCUGCAGGGUGCCCUCAGCAUGGAGUUCCCACAAUGACAUGGCACUGCUUUCCAGGGAAACAGAUUCCUAGCUCCAAACCUGCAUGGUCCCAGCAUGCCUUGCAAGGUGUGGGGGCAGGGAUCACUCACCUUGCUGCUGAAAUGCAACCACCUCUGGGGUGGAACGCACCGGAGAGGACAUUGCCGCAAACCCUGCUGCAUGGAUGCUGAACUCCCAGGAAGCAGCCAGGGCAGUAGGAAUAUGAGAGCAGCAUUGGUCACCGGUUCACAGCAGCGAGCAACUUUGUCUGGCUCUCUGGACCCGGCAGGCAGCUGCAAUUCUGCCACCAGGAGCCGGAGACGGCCAGGAACGAAUGGAUGGGGUGUGGGGGGAGGAGGUGCAAUAAAAGCCCUGACCACUGGGUGGUGCCCUCAUUCUGUACACAGGUCAGCCGGAGAUAAUGGCUAGGCAGUGGGGGGAAGGCAGGAUACCCCCCACCCGCUGCUGCCCUUGCUGCAGGCCAUAGCCAGCCUGCAGAGGGGAAGUUGCAAUACGAGCACUGGCCUCUGGGUGGCACCCUUGGUGUGCAGUGUUGAGCUGGGAAUUCACUGCUAGGAGAGGUGAUUAUUUCUCCGCCCCAUGACUCCCAUCCCCCACAGGGGUCCCAGCCAGAUUCACCCUUACCCUUCACACUGGGCCUUCUACAGCCAGUUUCCUCUCAUCUGUGCCCCCCUGUCCAGCCCAAUUCCCCCCAUAUACACAGUCAGCCCCCCUCCACACAGGUCUCCAUUAGAGCCACGUUUCUCUCAAACCCUUCAUGUAUGGGGGACCGGUAGGGCCCGCUGCCUCAGUUUCCCCUCUAAAAUGGGGAUAAUUACUAGGGAGGGCAGAGUCAAGUGCUUUGAGAGCUGAUCAAGGGCACUGGAUGGGAGUGCGGGAUCCUCCCCCCAGUCUCCUGUCCACACAGACCCUUCACGGGAGACAGGGACGUGUUGAUCAGGGCAGCAUCAUGGGCCUUCCUAGCCCUGGCCACCUAGUCUUGUGCCCACCUGAGCCCCUGCCUGGCCUCACCCAGGCAACUGUGCACUGCCCCCAGUGCCCGCCGGGCAUUCCCCACAGGCUCCUGGACCCAGCCUAGC